CAAUGAUGAACAUUGACAGGGGACCUUGAACAGGGGCGGUGCGGCGGCCUCAAGCGACGAGGGAGUCGCUGCAACAGGGCCACAGCCGCAGCCUUUGAUUAGACCUCGUGUCCACUAUGGCGUCUUCCGCGUAUGUGGGGGGCAUGGCACAGCUGGGGCGUGGCACAGAACAGUUUUCCGUGCGGAGAUCGGGCGGUGCAUGCUCUACGUCGCAGGCGGGGUGCUGCGGAAAGACAGCUGUGGAUGUCGCCCCUCGGGCCCAUGCAGGCGCGAGACAAUCAAGGCUAAAGGUAGACUUGCUGAGGGGCCAGUCUGGAAAUGGAUGUCUGCACAUGGGGUCCUUGGAGUCGUCAGUAGGUAUAUUUAGGUCAGCGCGGGAACAGCAGCGGGCCGAGGGGUCCAAAGUGAGGUGCCUGCUGCGGGGAGUUGGUGACAGUUUCUGGGAUGGUUCCGAGAGGCGGACACCCAACAGCUUUGCAUUCACGGGGAGGAUGCCGUACAGAUCGGAGCACAUGCCGUCGGUGCUGCGCGACAUCAUCCUCCAGAUCGAGCCCCUGGACAUCCAGCAACUAGCGCAGGACGCUUCGUCCGACGCAAUGGACGCCAUGAAGCGCACCAUCUCUGGGAUGCUGGGGCUCCUUCCUUCGGACCAGUUCAGUGUGAUUGUGGAGACGGAGCGGGAGGCCCUGGCGCGGCUGCUGGUCUCCUCCAUGAUGACUGGCUACACUUUGCGGAAUGCCGAGUAUCGCCUCAGCCUGCAGCGCUCCUGGGAGUCGGACGGUGGAGAGGAGGGGGCACCCCCCCUGGAAUCAGUGCCAGUCAGUGGACACCCUGAAGUGGAUGGACACCUGGCACUGGACAACGACAGCCGUCAAGCAGAGGUUGCCGCAGGGGGGGUAGAAUUGAGGAGCAGCGAGGGGGAGGAGGAACUGGAAGAAGUGGGGAUGAUUGGAAUGGAUUUGGAGGGUUUGCCUGUGGAGGCUGCGGAAUACGUGCGGAAGCUGCAGAGCAAGCUGGCAGAAACGCAAGAUGCCCUGUCUUCUGCGGAGAAGACCCUCUCAGCCCUCAAGAUGGAAGGUGUGACCCCAGUGCCCCCACCUACGGGCGAGGAUGAGGGGAACGCUCUCCUCGAUUACCUCCGCUCUCUGGAGGCAGACAAAGUUGCGGAGCUUUCAAAACCUGGGACCCCCGAUGUCGAAGAAGCGAUUCGCGCGGUUAUUGAUGGCCUGCUGGGCAAUCUGGGUCCAAGUCAGCAGGCGGGGGCACCGAGGGGGGGUGCGUAUGGGGGGGCGGGGAUGAGGGCAGGUGGGGGGGGAUGGGAGACCAGGCGGGCCGUGAUGGGGGAGGGGCUUGGGGCGUCCCCCCAGGUGCCGGGGCUUGAGUUCCAGCAGACGGUGACAGCGAGCAGGGACUAUCUGGCGAGGCUGCUGUUCUGGUGCAUGUUGCUGGGCCACUAUACUCGGGGGGUGGAGCUGCGCCUGGAUCUGAACUGCACGUUCAGCCUGCACGGGCUGGGGACGUUCGGCAAGAGGGGCUGUGGCAACGGGGGGCAGGCGGAGGGGACCGGCAGUCAGCGGAGCUGGUCAAAGACCCCCCUGGACGGUGAAGCGCCGAGCUUCUGAGUUUCUUUGGAGAUCGAGGAAAGAGCAGGGGCCUACUCAUUGGGGGGGUGAGGUGAAGGAAGCCGACUUGAUUGACUUGAGGGGUGCAGAAUCGGAGGGAAAGAGGAGGUGGUCGGCAGCAGACAGACAGAGCAGUACGGGAACGGGUGCUAUGCGGCAGCAUGGGGUGAGAGCAUUUGCCGGGAUGGGAUGCGGAGCGAAAGACGUUCUUUGACCGCAAGGGGUGCAUGUGUGGCGGUCGAUGCUUUUGGGGCAGGAAAGAUCCUCAAACCAGGUUGUUUGACGGAGUUCAAACCAUUGGAAGUGACAAAAGUGGUUUGUGGGGCAUGGAGGAGGACGUGCAAACGGUGGCUGGUGUGCAGACAACGUGCACAGAAAAAGCAAACCGGAGUCAGAAAUGAGGUAUUAGUUAGGGGCUGUUAAACACUGCAGCCUCCACCAGAGUGGUCGGAUUAAGGAAUGCGCUGUCAUUUUUGUUGUGUUGCUUUGUGAGGGUACUGUGACCUGUCAUGUGAGUAGCGCACUGUUGGCAACCACCGUGCAGCUGCCAGCAAUCUCUCGUUUCCAGUCCUUUAGAGGUGGCUGUGCUGGGUUCCAGUUUGGUACAUCGUAGGUUUCAGUCUAGGUUGCAGAGUUAUGAUGUAGAGCAGGAAAUGUACGAUAUAAAACAGGUCAUUGGACACGCUACUGCCUAGAGUGCCAUUGAGUGCUAGACCUAUAGAUUGAGAUUCAAAGCUGUAUUGAAGGUUGCCAAUUGCUAGCUUGUCUCACCUCUGAUCGUCCACCAUGUGAUGCUUCUUGUUGUGCACUUACCACUGUAAGACAUA